AUAAGAAAGUCCAAAUGCCCAAAAAAUAACAGGGCAAUCAGUUGGUUUGUGUGUGACCCUAUUUCAAAAUCUGACCCCAAAACAAUCUUAUCUCUUACCUGUGCCCUUCAAGACCCUUUCCUAAAGGUCCAAUUAGCUUCUCGGGUUCGUUCCAAAAAAGCCCAAAUCUCUCUCUCUCUCUCUCUGCAAAACCCUAGAUCUCGAUCAUUCCCGGAGACCUCCAUAGCUCGGUCUCCGAGCUUCGAUCGUCGCCUCCGCGCCUUCCGUUGUCGUCUCAGAACCUUCGCAGGAAUUGACCUGUCAAGACAAAGAUGGCAGCUUCUGUUGAAGAGCAGAUGGUCAGCACUCCUGUUCAAGACCAUAUGGUUACAACCCCUUCGGAAGACCAUAUGGUGACCACCCGUGUUGAAGAACAUAUAGGUCAAGACCAUAUUGUCACCAACCCUGGUGAAGACCAUAUGGGUCAAGCCCAUAUUGUCACAUCCCUCGGUCAAGACCAUAUUGUCACCUCCCUCGGUCAAGACCAUAUUGUCACCACCCUCGGUCCAGACCAUAUUGUCACCACCCCUGUUGAAGAUAAGAUUAUUGCUACCCCUGGUGAAGAAAAGACAGCUAUCCCUGAUGAGGAAAAGAUGCUAACUCCUUAUGAAGACAAGAUGUUAACUCCUUAUGAAGAGAAGACACCAAGCUUGUAUGAAAAUAGCGAGGUGCCUAAUCCGGAAACACAGCCUAACAAGCGGAGGAAGAAGAAGUCCAUAGUCUGGGAGCACUUCACCAUUGAAACUGUGAGUGCUGGAUGUAGGAGGGCGUGCUGUAAGCAAUGCAAGCAAAGUUUUGCUUAUAGCACAGGCUCAAAAGUGGCAGGUACAAGUCAUCUGAAACGCCAUAUUGCAAAGGGAACAUGCCCAGCAUUGCUCCGUAACCAGGACAAGAAUCAGCUGAGCCCAUAUACACCUAAUUCAAGGUUAGGUAACAGCACUUCUGAUCCACCAAAACGGCGUUACAGAACCAAUAGCACGCCCCAGGUUUUGUUUGAUGCAGACCGUAUCCGCCACGAGAUUGCUAGGAUGAUUAUUAUGCAUGAUUUCCCGCUUCACAUGGUUGAUCACCAGGGCUUUUUAACUUUUGUCCAGCAUCUGCAGCCUUAUUUCCAGAUGGUGAGCUUCAACACUGUCCAAGGGGAUUGUGUUGCAACAUACUUAAUGGAAAAGCAACAUCUUAUCAAGUUUAUUGAGGGUAUACCUGGACGAGUUUGCCUUGCUCUGGACAUGUGGACUUCAAGUCGAAGUGUGGGUUAUGUUUUCAUUACUGGUCACUUCAUUGAUAGUGAUUGGAAGUUGCAAAGACGGCUUCUUAAUGUUGUGAUGGAACCAUAUCCCGACUCUGAUACUGCGUUUAGCCAUGCUGUUGCCGUUUGUCUUCAUGAUUGGAGUUUGGAGAACAAAUUGUUUUCAAUCACUUAUAAUCAGUCGCUCAGUGAAGCCGCAGUUGAAAAUAUGAGGCCUCUACUCUCCAUCAAGAACCCACUUAUCCUCAAUGGUCAGUUGUUGGUUGGGAAUUGUAUCGCUCGUACCUUCAGCAGCAUUGCGAAAGAUGUUUUGGAUGAAGGGAAAGAAAAGGUCCGAAAGGUCCGUGAAAGUGUAAAGUAUGUGAAGACUUCAGAUUCUCAUGAGGAAAAGUUCCUCGAGCUCAAGGAACAGCUUCAAGUCCCAAGUGAACGGAGCCUGUCUCUGGAUGACCAAACUCAAUGGAACACUACGUAUCAGAUGCUGUUGGCUGCUUCUGAGUUAAAAGAGGUAUUUUCUUGCUUGGAUACGUCCGACCCAGAUUACAGGGGAGCUCCAUCCUUGGAGGAUUGGAAGCAGAUUGAGAUAAUUUGCACAUACUUGAAACUUCUCUUUGAUGCAGCCAACAUCCUUACCACCACAACUAACCCAACGCCAAUUACCUUCUUCCAUGAAGUGUGGAAGAUUCAGUCAGAGCUGGCUCGUGCAGUUACAAGUGAAGAUCCUUUCAUCAGUUCCUUAACUAAAAGAAUGCAAGAAAAAAUUGACAAGUACUGGAAGGAUUGUAGCCUCGCAUUGGCAACUGCAGUAGUCAUGGAUCCCCGGUUCAAAAUGAAGCUUGUUGAAUUUAGUUUCAACAAAAUCUAUGGUGAAGAAGCACCUACAUACAUCAAGAUUGUUGAUGAUGGAAUUCACGAGCUUUUCCAUGAAUACGUCGCGCUGCCUCUGCCACUGACGCCUACUUAUGCGGAAGAAGGUAAUUCACGCAAUGUUAAAACGGAGGAAUCACAAGGAGGAACUCUUCUGUCCGACAAUGGGCUAACGGAUUUUGACGUCUACAUCAUGGAGACCACUAGCCAACAGAUGAAAUCAGAGCUGGACCAGUAUUUGGAUGAAUCUUUGUUGCCUCGCGUCCAAGAUUUCGAUGUGUUGGGUUGGUGGAAACUGAACAAGUUGAAGUACCCAACUCUUUCGAAAAUGGCUCGUGACAUUUUGUCAAUCCCAGUAUCCACUGUUCCUCCUGACUCGAUAUUUGACACCACUGCGAAAGAGAUGGAUAAGUAUCGAUGCUCUUUACGACCAGAGACAGUAGAAGCCCUUAUAUGUGCCAAAGAUUGGAUGCAGUACGGGCUACAAGACGUCUCAAAUGCACUUGUGAGAAUGGAAUAUUGAUUAUGAUUAGUUUCUGUCAUCCUUCAUGUAUGAUGGUAGGUUGCCUGGCCAGAAGUAAAAUGUAUGUUGGUAGGUGCUGUAUUAUUUAUUAGGCAUUAGUUUGUCAUUCACCAUUAGGUUGGCAUUUGUAUCAUUCUAAGAGACCUUAAUGCUUGGACAUGACAGCUUUUUAUUUUUUUUCAUUUUUAGUUUCUAAUGUUAGGAUUGGCAGUUUCAAAGAUGAGCAUUUGGUUGGCCUGUUCUUUGUUC